CUGGUCUCGUAGCUCCUAUUGGCUGGGAGCUGAUGAACAACACGGACUGUGAUUGGUCGUUACUACUCUGGCGCUGUUGACUGUACAAUGGGUGUGCAUUUUACUACGUUUACCCGAUAAUGGAAAAUGUGAAAUAGGGGACAUUUUGGAGCUGUAAGAAAAGGGUAUCUUCUGUUGUGAAAAUACUGCAAAUUAGCCAGGAUGGAAGGACUUCAAUGGGGGAGUUUGUGAGUUGACGUGCCGGGCAGUGACCCCAUGGCGUCGCUGACGGUGCACAGGCAAUAUUCAAAGUUGACCGAUAUUUAUAACGACUUUAUUUCCUUCUUGCUUGGGCAGCAGCAGCAGUAGUAGUAGUAGUAGUAGUAGUAGUAGUAGUAGUGUACACACAGCAUCCAUAUGUCACUAUAAAGUAUGGACGGGUGGAGCCCAAUCGUUGCUACAGCCUCGGAUAAUGACCGCUCCAGCUCCGAGGGGGAGUACAUGGUGGAGCCCGGACCCGAGGACCAGACCCGGGAGGUGCUGGACGGAGAGCCGCGGGGGGACUUGGAGAGGAUGGACCCCGGGGACACCACCGCUGCUGUCGGGUUCGGGAUCAGUGGGACCGGGGAGGGUAAAGUGGUGCUGGGUCGAGUCGGCCAGAGAGACGAUAAGGAGCUCAGGUACCUGCACUUGUUGUGGGAGCCCGGACGAGCCGAGCUGGGCGCCGGUGGGGUGGCCAGCAGGAUGGGGAAGGUGACGGGCAGCAGGGCCAGGAGGCACCACAGAGUCGUCCGGAAUGUCGGUCCCAUUGGUAAAGAUAUUUAUGCUGUGAAAAGACUGAGGGAAGCAGCAAACAGCAAUGACAUCGACACAGUUCGAAAGCUGCUGCAGGAAGACAUAGACCCCUGUGCAGCAGAUGACAAGGGAAGGACAGCCCUCCAUUUCUCUUCCUGCAAUGGCAAUGAGAGCAUUGUGCAAUUGUUGCUGAGCCACGGCGCUGACCCCAACCAGCGAGACAGUCUGGGAAAUACCCCCCUCCAUCUGGCGGCCUGUACCAACCACGUGCCUGUAAUCACCACAUUGCUGAGAGGAGGAGCCCGUGUGGAUGCCCUGGACCGGGCAGGCAGGACCCCUCUGCAUCUAGCACGCUCCAAGCUCAAUAUUCUGCAGGAGGGAGAUUCACGCAGCUUAGAAACAUUGAGAGGGGAAGUCACACAGAUCAUUCAAAUGCUGAGGGAAUACCUGAACUUAAUGGGCCAGAGUGAAGCUAAAGAGAGGCUGGAGCACAUUUCAACACAGCUGCAGCACACGCGCACCAAAGAGCAGGUGGAUGAGGUGACCGAUUUACUGGCCAGUUUUACAUCACUCAGUCUACAGAAGCAGAAUCUGGGGGAUAGGUAGAAGUCUGUAGAGAGCUGAAGUCCUGCUACUUUUUAAGAAAGCCUCUGCUCCACGUUGGCCAGACAAGCAUAUGCUGAACAAUAAUGCUUUCAAAGGUUUUCUGUCCAUAUUCAGAAUAGUUAUCAGCACACUACUCUACAGGGCAGGAACUUCUCGUUAUUUUAACCAAGAUAACAAUGAUUAUCUUUUAUAUUUUACCACCCUGAUGAGAUUUUGAAAGUGUGCCUGUGGCUAACACUAAUGUGCUUGCAGUGCCUACAUUUUUAAUUUUUUUUAUCUUGGUUAAAAGAAAAAGAUGCUCACAGCCAAUAAUGCCCAGUAACGCAGUGAAGUAGUUAUGAAUUCAGCUUAUGGACAGAAAAAGCUUGUCACAUGUUAGCUUUUCAGAAAAAAGAUAAAAGAAACCCCUUAGGGUUUUAUACAUUGUGAACAGGAAGCUCGUGGAACAGAAGCCAACUCGGAAGUGCAGAGAGCUCUCGGCUCUCUAUUGUGUGUGUGUGUGUGUGUGUGUGUGUGUGUGUGUGUGUGUGUGUGUGUGUGUGUGUGUGUGUGUGUGUGUGUGUGUGUGUGUGUGUGUGUGUGUGUGUGUGUGUGUGUGUGUGUGUGUGUGUGUGUGUGUGUGUGUGUGUGAGAGAGAGAGUGUUUGUGUGUGUAAGUCAGAGCCAUCUACGUGCUGACAUGUUCUCUUUUUGCCUGCCAUUAUUAGCUAAGUUCUAUGAUAAUUAUGAGACAUACUUCUCAUGAAAUGAUUGAACAAUUGUCACUGUUGUAUUAUUUGGUUUUCUUAUCAACAGCAUCUUUGUAUCUCGUUGCCUUUUUUCUCUUGUAUUGCAUGUUAUGUUUGUGAACUGUACUGUAAAAAUGCAUUUGGCUCUUGUGGGAAAUGGAUAUAUGUGAUUCAAUAAAUCAAUAUAUUUGGCUA